UCUCUCUCUCUCUCUCUCUCUCUGGGGUUGAUCUAUUCAUCCCCCGGAGUGUUCUUGUAGCCUCUGUUGCAUAUGCAUUUCUCUUGGUGAUUAAUGCUUCAAAUGCGCAGUCGUCGUAGGCACGGUGGCUUUCGUAUUGUAGCGUAAUCGAUCACCGACAUGCUCAGUGUGUACGAAAGAUACACCUUGAGAUUUGCUUUAAAAACACCAAGGCCAUAGGUACAGUCUACAGCUCCCCGCAGAACCGACUUCCAACUGCCAAGGCCAACCAACAAAAUGCGCGUGGGCUACGUGUUCCUAGUGGCUUUAGCUAUCCUUGUCGGCAGAUGCGAUACUAGCUCAACGAAAGCACCCCAAGGACGAGCUAACUUCUUUCGGUCAAUCGAGACAGAGGGUAGACUUCUCAGAGACGACGAGGUGGCAGGCGACGAAGAAAGAACACGGGGCGCUGUUGCCUCGAAAAUUGACGAGUUAGUGGACCCAGCGACGCUAGAUGCAGCGAUGAAAGAUAUCACAACAAUGAAGGCUUUGUUCAGGCGAUGGAGUGCAGAUGCUGCAAUCUCCGAACAAGUUAUCAGCAGGCUGUCGGCGGAUGCACUAACUUUCGCUAAGUACAAAUACCUUGUACUGCCGUAUAACGGAUAUCGGGAGGGUGCCCGAAUUGCAGCUCAGGUGGACGCCUUGGUGGACCCGAAGACGUUGAACGCCGCGCUUCAAGAUCGGAGAAAGAUGACGGACUUAUUCAAGCAAUGGAAUGCGGAAGAAGUCAUUGCAAUGCGGGUGGUCGAGAGAUUGGCGGGCGAUCCGCAUACAUUAAAACUUUACAGCCCACUCAUCCAGUGGUUUAACAGAUAUCGAUUCGACGGUAUUGAAAUAACGUCAUAAAGUAGAACCCUGACACUCAGA